UAAAUCGGUAAUAGAACAGAGGUGUUUGGCGCAUGCGCAUUCCGGCUCCAUCAUUGUGUCUACAGGAGCAGCACCAGAGAGACAAGCCUCGUUUACCUUUAGUAAACCAACCCGUGUCAUUUCACACAGAAACCACCGCUUGAUUCGGCAGAGGAGGACCUCUGAAUUAUGAAGAAAUGCUCCGCCGGACCCUCUCUCUCCUGCUCUAGUUACCAGAACUCCUGCUGCUGUCACCACAACCGUGAUCGCUUUUGCCUCUGCUAGUGGUUUGGCUGCCUCCUAAAAGGACAAAAAGGAGAAUUCGCAGUCCUCAUCAGCUGUUGUCUAGUCACAUAUGGUGCAUCGUUUGCAUUCCCGAGUCGACAUCCCUACCGCUCAGCUUCUUGCCAGCCUGUGGCACUCAUAGGAUUCAUCAACACGGGAUAUUAAUAAGCGUGUGCUCUUGUUUUGCCUUGAUUGCACACGCUAAAGGCCUUUUUUUUUUAGUUUUUCCUCUCCACUGCCACACAGGUGGUGGCAGGACAUCGUAGGCCAUGGAACCCAAUAUGGAGUACUGUCUGACCCAGGUGCUACAGAAGGAUGUGGCCCGCAGGUUGCAGAUGGGUCCGGAGCUCAUCGACUACAUCACAGAUUCAGACAAGUGUCAUGACCUGGAGAGUGACCAGACUGCGCUAGAUAAAAUGGUGGACGGUAUCGCCACAUCUUGGGUUAACUCUAGCAACUUCAAGUUGGCUUUGUUGGGAAUGGACCUACUAUCUGCCUUAGUGACAAGAUUACAGGACCGAUUUCGUCCCCAAGUUGGUACAGUUUUACCCAGCUUGAUAGAUCGGUUAGGCGAUGCCAAAGAUCAAGUCAGAGACCAAGAUCAAACCCUGCUGCUGAAGAUCAUGGAGCAGUCAGCUACUCCUCAGUACAUAUGGGACAGAAUGUUGGGGGGUUUCAAACACAAAAACAACCGGACCAGAGAGGGAGUCUGUCUCUGUCUCAUUUCAACUCUGAACACAUACGGUGCCCAAGGCUUGACUCUGAGCAAAAUUGUACCACAUAUAUGUAAUCUACUCGGAGACCCUACAAGUCAGGUUCGGGAUGCGGCCAUGAACUGCCUUGUGGAAAUAUACAGACAUGUUGGAGAGAAGGUUAGGAUUGACCUUAGCAAAAAAGGACUGCCGCAAUCAAGGUUGAAUGUAAUUUUCAGCAGAUUUGAUGAAGUCCAAAGAUCUGGGAACAUGAUCCUCUCCUCAGGUUCAGAUAAGAACUUUGAUGACGAAGAUUCUGUGGAUGGGGGCAGGUCCUCCUCCUCUUCCUCUUCUAAGGGCUUCUCCAGCAGCAGGAGAGGGGGCAGCAUGGGCUCAAUGAGACGACCCAGUUCUGCGUCUGGAUCCAGGGCUGCAGGGAAGGACAGUGUCAGCGCGGGAGCUGUGGAUGAAGAAGAUUUUGUCAAAGCUUUUGAAGAUGUACCUGCAGUGCAAAUAUAUUCCAGUAAGGAUUUGGAGGAUUCCUUGAAUAAGAUCCGAGAAGUUUUAUCAGAUGACAAGCAAGACUGGGAGCACCGCGUCACUGCUCUGAAGAAAGUGCGGUCACUUGUUCUGGCUGGUGCGACUGAGCAUGAGGGUUUCCUUCAACAUCUACGGCUUUUAGAAGGUGCCUUCAAGCUGUCGGCUAAAGAUCUUCGGUCCCAAGUGGUUCGAGAGGCCUGUAUCACAUUAGGGCAUCUGUCUUCAGUGUUGGGGAAUAAAUUUGAUCACGGGGCUGAAAGCAUCAUGCCUACGCUGCUCAACUUAGUGCCCAACAGCGCCAAAAUUAUGGCCACAUCUGGAAUGGCAGCCAUCCGCCUCAUCUUGCGACAUACACACUUCCCACGCCUUAUCCCGAUCAUCACCAGCAACUGCACUUCUAAAUCUGUGGCUGUUCGAAGACGGUGUUAUGAGUUUUUAGACCUGUUAUUGCAAGAAUGGCAGACACACUCUCUAGAGAGGCAUGUGGCGGUUCUCACUGAGACCAUCAAGAAGGGGAUCCAUGAUGCUGACUCAGAGGCAAGAUCUGUGGCCAGAAAGUGUUACUGGGGAUUCCAUGGCCAUUACAGUCGGGAAGCAGAGCACCUGUUUCAGGCGUUGGAGUCGACCUAUCAGAAGGCCCUACAGUCCCACCUGAAGAGUUCUGACAGUAUAGUGUCUCUACCGCAGUCCGACCGCUCCUCCUCAAGCUCACAGGAGAGCCUCAAUCGACCGCUGUCAGUGAAGAGUGUCAUUGGAGGCCCAGUUACAAGAAGUAAAGUGAUCGGCUCUAGGGUGUCCUCAACCCCUGGUGCCCUCCAGCGUUCUCGCAGUGACAUAGACGUGAAUGCCGCCUCCAGUGCCAAAUCUCGCAUGUCCACCGCAACCUCCCCAUCUCCCUUCAGCUCUGCUGCAGCCUUGCCUCCAGGCUCCUAUGCCUCCUUGGACGGUGCACCUGGUAAAAUAGAUGGUCGUGUGCGGACGAGAAGGCAGAGCUCAGGGAGUGCAGUCAGCACCAGUAGCACUGUGACAGACAGCCGUGGUCGAAGCAGAGCUAGUGUGUCUCAGUCCCAGCCCGGCAGCCGAUCCAGCUCUCCAGGGAAGCUCUUGGGACACGCAUAUGGCAGAAUUCCUAGAGCCACUGCCCCAACAACACCCUCAGACAAGUACUCUAGGGUCCCACGAAGCCAGGGGUGCAGCCGUGAAACCAGCCCCAGCAGACUGGGCCUAGCCCGGAGCAGUCGCAUCCCCCGCCCCAGCAUGAGUCAGGGGUGCAGCCGUGACACUAGUCGCGAGAGCAGCCGUGACACCAGCCCCGCUCGGGGCUUCACUCCUCUUGCCUCCCGACGUCACUCUCGCUCAACCAGCGCGCUGUCCACGGCCGAACCCGUGGGCCAGUCAGAUCGCUUUGGCCUGAUCCAUCAGGCUCGCAUUUCUGCAUCUGUCAAUGCUAUGAGAGUACUGAACACUGGCACAGAAGUGGAGGCUGCCGUAGCUGAUGCUUUGCUGUUAGGGGACUCCAGGAAUAAGCGCAAGCCUUUGAGAAGGAGGUACGAAUCUGAUGACGAUGCCAACAGUGAUGCGUCCAGUGCCUGCUCAGAGCGUUCCUAUAGCUCUCGCAAUGGAGGCAUUCCUCACUACCUGCGUCAGACGGAGGAUGUUGCCGAGGUGCUAAAUCACUGCGCCAGUUCCAACUGGUCUGAGAGGAAAGAGGGCCUGCUGGGAUUGCAGAACUUGCUAAAGAGUCAGCGUAUUCUCAGCCGUGUGGAGCUGAAGAGGCUGUGUGAGAUCUUCACCAGGAUGUUUGCAGAUCCUCACAGCAAGAGAGUGUUUAGUAUGUUCUUGGAGACACUAGUGGACUUCAUCACUGUGCACAGAGAGGAUCUCCAGGACUGGCUCUUUGUACUGCUCACUCAGCUACUGAAGAAAAUGGGAGCUGACCUCUUGGGCUCAGUCCAAGCUAAGGUCCAAAAGGCUCUGGACAUCACACGGGAGUCUUUCCCCUUCGACCAACAGUUUAACAUUCUAAUGAGAUUCAUUGUUGAUCAGACUCAAACCCCCAAUCUGAAGGUGAAGGUGGCCAUCCUGAAAUACAUUGAGUCCCUGGCACGGCAGAUGGACCCUGCUGACUUUGUGAACUCAAGUGAGACGAGAUUAGCCGUGUCUCGCAUUAUCACCUGGACCACAGAACCCAAGAGCUCUGACGUUAGAAAAGCGGCCCAGGUGGUGCUGAUCUCACUCUUUGAGCUGAACACUCCUGAGUUCACCAUGCUUCUGGGCGCUCUGCCUAAAACAUUCCAGGAUGGAGCCACCAAGCUCCUGCAUAACCAUCUGAAGAACUCAAGCAACACCAGCAGCGUGAGUUCACCAAGUAAUACAAUGGGCCGCACGCCACCCCGGCACCCCACCAGCAGGACCAGUCCUCUCACCUCACCUACAAAUUGCUCCCACGGGGGUCUGUCACCCAGUCGGUUAUGGGGUUGGAGUGUCGAUGGGCUCUUAAAGCACCCCUCUCCCUCUCCUCCUCCUCCUACUCCUCCGUCUCACUCCUCUAUUCCUGCUGGCCCCUCCCUCAGGGCCUUCCGCUGCGCACUCUCACCAAGUAUGCUGGAGUAUGACACAGAGAACAUGAAUUCUGAUGAGAUCUUUAGCUCACUGCGUGGUGUCACAGAAGCCAUCCAGAGUUUCAGUUACCGCAGCCAAGAAGACCUGAAUGAGCCAAUCAGACGUGAUGGGAAGAAGGAUGAUGCCACUGGGAAGGAAGGGGCAUCUCCAGGGUCUGACGCAAGACUGGGAUUGGAUGUAGUGGAGGGUGGCCGAACCGCUUUGGAUAACAAAACAUCUUUGCUCAACACACCAUCCCCGCGGUCUUUCGCUGUGCCACGGUCGAGAGAGUUUGCACCCUAUGGCUAUGGAGACACAAUCACGGCCUAUGACAAAAGUGCCCUGAAAGAGGCUGUCUUUGACGACGACGUGGAGCAGUUCCGAGACUGCCGUCGACAAGACUGUGGUGAGAACAAGAUGGUGCUACCCAAGGGCUUUACUCCUGAUUUGGUGGCAGACCUGCUGAAGGAGCUGUCUAAUCACAACGAGCGAGUGGAGGAGAGGAAGGGGGCGUUGAUCGAGCUGCUGAAGAUCGCCCGUGAAGACAGCCUGGCUGUGUGGGACGAGCACUUCAAAACAAUCCUAUUGCUGCUAUUGGAGACACUGGGGGACAAAGAUCACACUAUCCGAGCACUGGCUUUACGGGUUCUGAAGGAGAUCCUGAGGAACCAGCCAGCGCGUUUCAAGAACUAUGCAGAACUCACCAUCAUGAAAACACUAGAAGCCCACAAGGACUCUCAUAAAGAGGUGGUUAGGGCGGCUGAAGAGGCUGCAUCUACAUUGGCCGGCUCCAUUCACCCAGAGCAAUGCAUCAAGGUGCUGUGUCCCAUUGUACAGACCGCAGACUACCCCAUCAACCUGGCUGCUAUUAAGAUGCAGACCAAAGUGGUUGAGCGCAUUGCCAAGGAGUCCCUGCAUCAGCUGCUGCCAGACAUCAUCCCUGGCCUCUUACAAGGCUAUGAUAACACAGAGAGUAGCGUUCGCAAGGCCAGCGUGUUCUGUCUGGUGGCCAUCUACUCUGUGAUUGGUGAGGAGCUGAAGCCACACUUGGCCCAGCUCACGGGUAGCAAGAUGAAGUUGCUAAAUCUGUAUAUUAAGAGGGCCCAGACCACCAACAGCAACAGCAGCAGUUCUUCAGAUGUGUCCUCUCACAGCUAGCCGGAUGGAGUCUAAUCAGUGCCCUACAUGUGCUUUUGGGAACAUAGUUGUGCCUCCUCCAGACAUCUUUUUUAUUGCUUCAUCACAAUCUUGCUGGAUUUUCCCAGAGAGAUGUGUUGCUCACUGCAAUCAAACUUUUCUUUUCAUCCAACUCCUGGAAACCUCUUAGUUAGUCUUUCAUGCAUCUUUCCAUCUGUGGAACAUUGAAUGUAAAGGGGUUUGAAUCGAGAAAAAUGCAUGCAGAUCUUUCACGAUAGGCAUUGCUUCCUUAAUUGGAGGAAACAGGCUUUCUUCAUCUUCUGAAGAGGUGAAUCGUUAACUAAAUUUAUUAGUAAUAACUUAUUCGUGUUUACAAGUGGCGUUAAAGGUUUAGUUGAGUUAUUUGGAUAUUUUAAAUGGGCACAGUUGGUUUAACUAAUACACCACUUGAAUCUCAGUUAGUGGAUCAUUUGGCUGGCCGAGUGAUAAAUGUAAAGAAAAGAGAAAAAUGUAAGUAAUUUGUAGGUUUGGCUACAAUGACAACCAAAAAAUAACAAAACAAAAGUAGGAUUAAAACGUUCUUAUAUUAAUUUUUAUUUCAUGGGACCGCAAUACCACAUCCCAUAAUGUUUAAAGUGAUGUAAAGCAAUUGUGUUGAUUUUAUUAUAGAAGGGAUUAUGUGUUAAAAAUAUGGGCCUCAAUACAGAAAACAAGGACAAACUUCUGAAUGUAGAGCUUUUCCUUUCAUCUUUGGGGAAAAAAGUGAAGGGUUUCGUGAGUAAACAUGCAAGCCAUAACACACACGGUCAUUUAAAACGUUCACAAACACUCGAAUGGAGUUGCAAGCAUGACCUGGAGCAUCUUCAGACAAGAAACAAUGAAUGAAACUGAUUUACACUAUGUUCUUGGAGCAAGAGGAUUGUGAUGGAAAUUUCAAAACUACUAUGCCUUGCGUUCCUUUUUCCGUUUUGAAAAACUCAGACUGUUAAGAUAUACGUGUCUAGAGGCAUUCUUACACUACAUUGCUAAAGCAUGACACUGCAAGUUCAUCACGUGUCUACAACACUAAUGAAAACCCUCUCUGAACUAGAGGUGAUGUUAUGUUCUCUGAAAGGUCUGAACUUAUUCUUUUUCUUUGUUCAUCUGGAGAUUUUUUUCACCUGAUGUUAAGUGCUGGGCGUUUAGUGUUUUGUACAUACCUUUCAGUCAUUGCUUCUCACCCACCCACAAAAGUAAGGUAAAGAUGUUGCACUCUUUUGCACGUUAACAAAUAGCCUGCAUGUUUUGAUGACAUAACCAUCCUGUGCUGCCGUGACUGACCUAGUUUUGGCUGUUUGUGAAAACUUGCCACGUCAGCAAUCUGGUCGGUCUGUAAAUACAGUAUUAUUAUUGUUAUUAUUAUUAUUAAUAUGUUGCCCAUGUGGGGAAGUAGACAAGUGCAAAUCUCAAAUGGGUCUCACAGAGUUGACCAAAAUGCCUAUCCUCAGACUGUGAACCAGGCCACGUUAGAAAUUAAGGACAGACAUUUGAAAGCACCCUACUUUUAGUAUUAUAUACUGAGGCAUGUGGCUUUUAUUGGUAUGCUAAAUGUGCGUACCCUUGUUUGAUUCAGAGUUUGUUUCUAAUGGUUUUUAACCGAUUCAGACCAUGAACCAUCAUUUUGGUUUAGAUUGGGGUUAUUCAUAAAAAUAUCUGUUUAUGAAAGGACAAAGCCAACUGUGAGGCUCAACAGUACAAGUAUUAAGUUUCCCCUUGUGUUUCCUGAAAUGUUGACCUCAAAUGGUGUUCCAUCAAAUUGUUCACUACGCAUGUUAGACUUUGUUUUGUCAUUGGACGCAGAUACACUCUUGUAUUUAUAAAUUUAUUUCAUUUUCUGUCCCAAUGUACAGUUUUUUUUUCCCCUCCAAAGGCUUAUGAUAGAUUUACAUCAGCCUGAGUUUGGCCUAGAAAUAAAACAACCAGAAACAUGAA